AUGUUAAACGACGGAGACAAGAUCGAGGCUGUAUCAAAGUUCCUACUGCAAAGCCCACCUGGAGAGAUUAACGAUGUACUUAAUGACGUGCGCGCGAUCGUCAGGAACGACGAACUCCUAAGAACUGGGAUCCUUCCAGCGCUAGAGCAGUACAACGUGGAGCAGCUCAUAACUGUGAAAGUUCCUGACGCGGAUCAUCAGGUUAUCAUCAGUGAAGCCGGGAGACUUGAGCAAGGCACUCAGCGAUUUGUAGACCCUAAGUCCCAUACAAGUUUCGAACUUGACCAUAUCCAGCUGCAAACGUCAGAUCCGCAACCAGUCUACACUAAUGAGGAUCAUGAAGCAUUCAGGUCCGCACUAGAGGUUGCAGCCGAAAAAUAUGUCGCCGAUCAUUUCGAAGAGGGUGUGGUUACAGUGUUCCCUCCAAAAGUACCUGGCACAGAGGGCGAAACACUUGAAGAAAUAUUUAUCAUCCAAAUUGUUUCCAAUAAGUAUAAUCCUUCGAAUUUCUGGUCAGGCAGAUGGCGUUCUGAGUACUAUGUGGACGUCCAGGGAGGCGAAGUACACGGUCGCGUUCUCAUCAAUGUUCACUACUACGAAAAUGGUAAUGUCCAACUAUCGACGCAGCAUAACCCUACAUUCCCCUUCCCGCCCAGUGGGCUGUCACCGGACUCAGCGGCUAGCUACUCUCACAUAACCACCAAAAUUUUGGCCCAAGUCGAGGCCUUGGAGGAUUUUUAUCAAAGAGAGCUGAAUGAUGCGUACACCGAAAUGGGAGAGAAGACCUUUAAGAGCCUUAGACGAGCAUUACCCCUCACAAGACAGAAGUUAGACUGGGAUAAGGUCACUGGGUACAAACUCGGGGCGGAAUUGGCGGCGGGCAAAGGUGGCUUCGGGGCUGGGAAUUUGGCAUAG